GCUCGCCUCGCCGCUGAGAGCCUGAGACCAAAUCCCAAAUCCCGUUACGCAGCCGGACCACCACACACAAAUACCGUUGCCGUCCCGUCCCCUCGCGCUCGGGUCCGUUCCUUCGUAAACCCAGUCCGGGAGGAGCGCCAUGGGAGAAGAGACCCUCGUGGCCAUGCCGCUCGCGCCCCACCACCACCACCACGCCCGCCUCGAUGCGCUCCCACACCACGUCGCCCCCGCGCCGCCGCCGCAGCAGCAGGCGCCUCCGCCGGAGCCAACCGUCGCGGACAGCAAGGAGGAGGAACGGGAUCGUGGCGUCGUCGAGCCGCCGGCGCCAGCCCCGCGGCCGGAGACCCCGCCGUCGCCCGGGCUCGCCGCCGCGGCGGGCGCCGGCGAGGUUGGGGACGUGUACUACGCGCGCAGGAUGCUGCAGGGCGCGGUGCUGCGGCCGCCGCCGCACCUGCCGCAGCCCGAGGCGCCGCCGGGCCUGGCCAGGGCGCUCUCCGCGCCCGCGCCGCACGGCUACGCAGAGGAGGAGGCAGAGGAAACAGAAGCGGGAGGGAGACAGAGGCCCGUGGACCGGUCCGCCUCCGCGAACUCCGCCGCCGCCGCCGUCGCCGUGGACGUGGCGUCCAUCGGGCGGUUCCUCCGCGACCGCCGCGCCGUGCUGUCCUCGGCCAUCACCCGCCGCAUCUCGUCGCUCAAGGAGUCCUCGGCGCCUCCCGCCGCGGCCGACACCUACGGCGUGCAGGAGAUCCACCUGCCCAACGUGAAGGUCACGGUGCGCCUCAAGGACGCGAUCGCCGCCGAGGACGACGACAUCUCUCUGGCUGACAGCAACGACGACGGUGGGUACUCCUUCUCGGGCGGCCACAUCAAGGGCCGGGUGAGCUUCUUCUCCCGCUCGGGCUGCCGCGACUGCGCCGCCGUGCGCGCCUUCUUCCGGCAGUCCGGCCUGCCCUACGUGGAGAUCAACCUGGAUGUGUUCCCGGAGCGCGAGGCCGAGCUGGCCUCCCGCGCGGGCGCCGCUGCCCGGGUGCCCCAGAUCUUCCUCAACGAGAAGCUCCUGGGCGGGCUCGUCGUGCUCAACUCCCUGCGCAACAGCGGCGAGUUCGAGCGCCGCGUGCGCGACCUCGCGGGCCGGCGGUGCCCCGACUCGGCGCCCCGGAUGCCCGUGUACGGGUUCGACGACGACGCCGGCGGCAAGGAGGGGGAGGAGGCCGAGGACGCCAUGGUGGGCGUCGUGAGGGUGCUGCGGCACCGGCUGCCGAUCCAGGACAGGUUCGUCAGGGUGAAGCUCGUGAAGAACUGCUUCUCCGGCGCCGACAUGGUCGACGGCAUCGUGAACCAUCUGGAGUGCAGCAGGAAGAAGGCGGUGGAGAUAGGAAAGGAGCUCGCGAGAAAGCACUUCAUCCACCAUGUCUUCAGGGAGAACGACUUCGAAGACGGCAGCCAGAACCUGUACCGGUUCCUGGAGCACGACCCUGCCGUCCCCAAGUACUACAACUUCCGGGGCUCCACCAACGACGGCGAGCCCAAGCCGGCGGCCGCCGUCGGGCACAGGAUGACCAAGAUCAUGCUCGCCAUCCUGGAGGCCUACGCCUCCGACGACCGCCGCCACCUCGACUACAGCCGCAUCGCCGCCAGCGAGGAGUUCAGAAGGUACGCGAACCUGGUGCAGGAGCUCCAGCGGGCGGACAUGACCGCGCUCCCGGCGGAGGAGCGGCUGCCGUUCUUCCUGAACCUGCACAACGCCAUGGCCAUCCACGCCGUGAUCCGGGUCGGCCAGCCAGGGGCCGUCGACCGGCGGCCCUUCUUCUCCGACUUCCAGUACAUCGUCGGCGGGCAACCCUACUCCCUCGCGGCCAUCAGGAACGGCAUCCUCAGGGCUAACCGGCGGCAGCCAUACACGCUGGCUAAGCCGUUCGGCUCCAACGACAGGAGGCUCGAGCUCGCGCAACGGAGGGCGAACCCGCUCGUGCACUUCGCUCUGUGCGACGCGACGCGGUCGAGCCCGAUCGUUCGUUUCUACACGACGCAGAGCGUGGAGCCGGAGCUCCGGCACGCGGCCAGGGAGUUCUUCCUCCACGGCGGCGUGGAGAUCGACCUGGAGAGCCGGACCGUCCACCUCACCAGGAUCGUCAAAUGGUACAGCGCUGACUUUGGGCAGGACAGGGACAUUCUCCGGUGGCUCCUCAACUACUUGGACCCGACCAAAGCCGGGCUCCUGACGCACCUCCUGAACGAUGGCGGCCCGAUCAACGUCUCCUACAUGAACUACGACUGGUCUCUGAACGUCUGAGCAGAAUCCACCCGGCGAAGUCUUCUUGUCCGUACAGUUGGUAAAGCCUUGUGGCCUUGUGGGCGUGCCACGACCCACGAUACAGUCAGAGUUGCAGUCAGUGGGAUUAGCAAUUGGCCAAUGGCCAAUAGGGCGAAUCACUGAGCAUAGAUUGCAUCAGGAUAUGGAGCUUAAUCGGUAAGGGAGCGUGGACAUGUAUAUAUAGCAUUGUGAACUCCGAUAGGGAAAGAAAAAGAGUAGGUUUACGCGGGGAAAUGGUGAAGAGGUGUAUGCAUUUUGUGUCGCAUUGUUCGUAUUGAAAAGGUGUAUGCAUUUUGGUAAUGGUGAAGUGACGCAGAACAUUUUGAAGUUUGAUGAUGUAUGUAUGUGCAUUUAAGCUUUCACUUUUUUUUUUUGGG